AUUAUCCUGCACUUGACAAUAAUAAUAAAAUUACAAUAACAAAUCCCUAGUGCGGCGGUUGCAUCAUCUGAUGUUUUCAACCGUCGAGACGCAUCGCAACUCAGUGCUGCGAUUGCAAUAGUUGCAAUUCCGCAAGACCACGUACCGCUGUAAGCAGAACAACCUCUCGGCAUCCGUAAUACGUAGCAAAGUAGGCGAAUCGGCGUUACGUACGGAUUGAUCCGCAGCAGUACAGACAUUACUAGUAUCGAUGAUAAUAGCGAGCGAUUAUACUCAGUCAGACGAGUCACGAGAGCCUCGGCCUUACUUAUAUUGGUCAUACGAGAAAAAGUUGCAUAUUAGGGAGCUCUCAUACUAGUCGCCCGUCAGUCGUGUCUGUCUCAGCGCAAUACAGUACAGAGAGGUAGCAGUAGCAAGCACCGCAGAGCACGCAGGCAGGCCACGAGAUAGAGUAUAUAGCACGGUCGGUGAUAGUAGUGUGUGCGAGUGAGGCAGCAGCGGAGUAUAAGCCAGCCAGCCACUUGGUUCACAGCACGUCAAUUAAAAGUCAUUCCGCAUAGUUUUCAGUCACGGUGAAGAACAAUUUUGCAAAGCCUAUAUACGAAUCGAAAGCAACGAGUCAUCAGUAGCGCGUUUCAAGAUGGCAGAGGGCCAGGAAAGUGCGAAGAAAAUCAACAUCACCAUCAAGACGCCCAAAGAUAAACAAAUCGUCGAAAUCGAGGAGGAUGCAUCGAUCAAGGAUUUCAAAGAAGUUGUCGCGAAAAAAUUCAACGCCCAGCCAGAUCAGCUAUGUCUCAUUUUCGCUGGAAAAAUCAUGAAAGAUCAUGAAAAUCUCAAGAACCACAACAUUAAGGAUGGUUUGACAGUGCACUUGGUUAUUAAAGCUCCACGAAGCUCAGCAGGUCAAAAUAAUCAAGAAUCUGGUGGAGUUAGCUCUACGACUCCUGAUGCCCCAACCGCUAAUCCUAGUGCUUCUCCUUUUGGAUUAGGAGGAUUAGGUGGUUUAGCUGGUUUAGACAGUCUUGGAUUAGGUUCAACAAAUUUUAUGGAAUUGCAGCAAAGAAUGCAACGAGAGUUAAUGACAAAUUCCGACUCAUUGAGACAAGUUUUUGAUAAUCCUUUAGUGCAAAGUAUGAUGAGUGAUCCUGACAGUAUGCGCAGUUUGUUAACGGCUAAUCCUCAAAUGCAAGAAUUGAUGCAGCGUAAUCCAGAAAUAAGUCACAUGUUGAAUAAUCCAGAUAUUCUCAGGCAAACGAUGGAAUUAGCUCGCAACCCAUCUAUGUUGCAAGAACUUAUGCGCUCUCAUGACAGAGCAUUGUCCAAUUUGGAAAGCAUUCCGGGAGGUUACAGUGCACUUAGAAGAAUGUACAGAGACAUACAAGAACCCAUGCUUGCAGCAGCUGCAAAUGAAAGAAAUCCUUUUGCUGCCUUAGUUGACAAUAGUAACAAUGCUGAUAUACAAAAUCCUCAACAAGGUCAGGAAAAUAGAGACCCCCUACCUAAUCCAUGGAGUCAAGGACAGAAUGGCGCACAAAGCAAUUCUGGCACUCCAUCAACUGGAACUACGCCAACUGCAACUACAGGAGCAGGAACAGGCACAGGAGCUGGAUUUGGAUUUGGAACUGGUGGAGUAAGAGGAUUGUUGGAUACCCCUGGUAUGCAAAGUCUUACAGCGCAAAUGAUGGAAAAUCCUGCUCUUUUACGCAAUAUGUUGAAUGCUCCCUACACCCGUAAUAUGAUGGAAGCUAUGGCUGCAGACCCAGCUAUGGCCAGUAGAGUGCUUUCUUCGAAUCCAUUCUUCAGGGGCAAUCCUCAAAUGCAAGAACAAAUGCAAUCGAUGAUGCCUGCUUUGCUACAACAGAUGCAAAAUCCACAAAUGCAAAAUCUUAUCACUAAUCCUGAAGCCUUUUCGGCCAUCAUGCAAAUUCAACAAGGAAUGGAGCAAUUGCGAAAUAUUGCUCCUGAUCUAGUUGGAAACAUGGGAAUGACGGUUCCUCCAAGCCCAGCAAGCACACCAGCAACUCCAAGUGCUGCACCAACUUCAACGCCCACAACUAAUACAAGCACUACUAGUACAACUACUUCUUCAGCCCCUACUGAUUCAUCAAAUCAAGAUGCUUUCUCACAAUUCAUGUCAAGAAUGAUUUCGGCUAUGGCUUUAAAUCAGGGUGGUGAAAUUGACGGCCAACAGCCUCCUCCAGAAGAGAGAUACAGGGCUCAACUGGAGCAAUUGGCGGCAAUGGGUUUUUUAAAUAGAGAUGCCAAUUUACAGGCACUAAUCGCUACUUUUGGAGACAUUAAUGCUGCUGUUGAACGAUUGCUGGCCAAUGGACAAGUAUCUAUGAGCUAACCGCCAACUAGUAAAGCUGUUAUUUACAUAAAAAUAUAAAAUUUCUUACUUUCCUUAUUGCAUUAGACGAGGUGAUAGUUAUUUAAAGUAGCUUUUGGCUGUCAGGAAUUAUAAAAAAAGCAGUAACAAUAAGAACAAUUUUUGGAUGACGUUGACAGAAUAUAUAUACCUGCUACUUAUUCAUUCACAGUGCAUUUUUUCUUUACAAAAUAAAGUAUAAGGGUUGCAAAACACAUUUUCAUGUAACAUUGAAGCUUAAAAUAUUCACACCAAUUUAUUUGAUAAAAUAUAGAAUACAUCUAUAUUAGACUAAUCGUGAACUAUAUUUUUAAAUAGCUAACUGUUAUAUUCAUAAGCUAAAGUCAUUGUGAACAGUUUUAUAUUUAUACAUUCGUGAUUAUAUAUUUACGUUAUCUGAUACAUUCUGUGAAUAAUAAAUUUGAUGAUUUCGACCGUUCAUUUUUUUUAAUUUAUUUGGAAAAUCGAUCUGUGAGCUAAUGAAUACAUGGCAUGAAGCAAAAGAUCGGCUUUCACCUAUCGAUGUACAUUAUAUUGAAAUUUAUGAUAAAAAGUGAAAUAAAUAGGGGUAAGUGUAGAUUGUUUUAAUAGCGAAAAAAGUAUUAACUGUUGUAAUUGCAUUGUUCAAUUGUUUUGCUUGAAUAAUAAGGAUAAAUUAUUUUGCUGACAAUCUUAAUAAUGUAAUCAUGCUUUCAUACUUUUGCCAACAUAAAUUGAAAUUUUUCCAAUCUUUUGAAUGUUCAUUGUAGUUUUGCCUUAAACGUUUUAUGCAGUCAAGCAAGUUCAAUAGUUCUGUUGCUAUACCGAUAUUCUUAAAUCGUGUAUGUUUACGCAAGAUUUUUAUAUGCUAAUGAAAUUGGCGUGAUUCAGAAUGAUUAAGAAACGAAAGACGAUAAAAGUAGGUGGAUAACAAUAAUCGAAUUGCAUAAUCAAGGAACCAAAAAGAAUCGGCGAAAAAAAGAAAUGAAAUGCUUAUGAACGAUGUUUCUUUGUUGUACGUAUAACUCAUUGUUCAUAUUAAAGAGUGUUUUCGCCACUUGCCACGUUGUGUUGAGUAGCACUAGAAAAUUUUUAAAACGGCGCGUGGCUCAAAAUCAUGCGUAAAAAUAAUCAAUAAUUAUACAUUUAAAAAUUUGAUAAAAAUUAGAUAGCUCGUUUUAUAUCGGCAAAGCACGAGACGAUCUGAUACAUUAUUAUAUCAUAUUGUAUAAACAAUUGUGAACUUUAUGUAAAUGUGUAAUACUUGACGACUUGACUCAAAGGGAGAAAGAAUUAUAAAAAAAAAAGAAAAAAAUGAGUUGGAUGAACUAUACCGUUUUUGUCGAGCUUAGGAUUUCUAAUUAAUAGGUAUUUAAGUGUAAGGUAAAGUGUCGUAUGUAAAUGAACUUUUAUCGGUGUAUUGUGUAAAACGGUGCCGUGGAAAUGAAUUUCUUCUCUCUCUCCUCCAGCGAACUCACACGGCAGCGCCUCGUUAAGAUUUCCAA